AUGUCUUACCGCUACGAACCAGUCAGGUCAUCGACAGACGGCGUACUGAGAUGGCGAGAAGAUGAAGCUCCAAGCCGCAGCAAAUUGUACUUGCUCUGCCUUACGAUUAGCAUUGGAGGAUUGCAAGUUGUUUGGGCGACUGUUAUGGCAGAAGGAUCGAGCUUUUUGAUGUCUCUUGGUCUGCAGCCAUCAGUCAUAUCGCUAACAUGGCUGGCCGGACCAAUAUGUGGCACGCUUCUGCAGCCAUACAUCGGAUAUAAAAGCGAUUUCUGCGCUCAUCGGUGGGGUCGAAGACGACCGUUUAUGAUCUAUGGAACUCUUGCAACAAUAAUCUGCAUCAAUCUCCUCUCUUGGACCAGCGAGAUUAUUCGAUUAAUUAGCUACAUUUUAGGAGCAUCAGCUCACGGCCUCGGCAACAAGUCCGUCAUCCAGGUCUUCGCGAUCACACUGGUAUGGGCAUUGAACAUCGCUAUCCAGCCAGUCCAGUCGAGUAUCAGAGCGCUGAUAGUUGAUGCGUGUCCUAAUAGUCAGGCAGCCCAGGCGAAUUCAUUCGCAAGCUUCGCUGUCAUUGUUGGAAGUGCAAUUGGUUAUGGUUGCGGUUUCAUCGAAAUACCCAAGGUCGCAGAAUGGUUCCAUGAUCCUCAAUUCAAGGGUCUUGCCCUUAUAGCUUCCGUUUCAUUGGGAGUUGCUGUCAUGAUAACAUCCACAAUGAUUGAGGAGAAGCCUGUGGAAAAUGAUGCUGCUGAUUAUGAAAGAUCAGGCGUACUUCAAAUUUGGAGCGAGAUCUGGAAAUCCAUUCGAACACUACCCUCGACAAUCAAAACGAUCUGUAUUGUACAAUUCUUCGCAUGGCUUGCAUGGUUUCCGUUUCUCUUCAAUAAUGUAUUGUACCUGGGCAGACUUUAUGAAGCACAAAUUCUCCUUGAAAAAAUGGGACCACCAUCGACUAGGUUUUACAAUGCCUUGAAAGAGCAAUCAAUUCGACAUGCAGUUCUGGCAAUGCUGGUGUUCUCAAUUGUAGCACUUGGCGUGAAUCUCUGCUUACCAUAUCUUAUCACUAAUACUGAGCCUUCAUCUCCUUUGGAGCUGGAGUGGGAGAAGACGACGGGAGUUGCCGAUGCGAUCUCUGGAUCUCCUGGGGUUGGGGAAAGGAGGAUUUUGAGAGGCCUCACACUGCCCCGAGCAUGGAUGAUCUCACACAUUAUUACCGCUCUGGGGCUGUUCGGAGCAACGAUUGGGAACAGUUUCAUGGCGAGCGUCUCGUUCAUCUCGCUUCUUGGUAUAUCCUGGACAUUGACUCAGUGGGCCCCAUUUGCUCUCAUCAGCGCUGAGAUCGCUUCGAGUUCUGACCCCAUAUUAUCUGACAUCGAAGAAUGCCCAAGCGAUCAAUCGGGCGCGUCCAAGACUGUGGAUCUUAGACCAAGAGCUGGGGUAACGAUGGCAAUCCACAACGUGGCUAUUGCAACGCCGCAGAUGCUCUCAGCUGUGGUAACAGCUUUGAUUUUCUGGAUCUGUGGGCAAUUUGGUGUUGGGGAAACUGACGCAAUGAGAUGGGUUCUGAGGGUGGGGAUUUUGGCUGCUUGUUGUGCUGCUUGGACUGCCAGGAAAUUGUGGUAA